AUGAACUCCAUUUAUAAGGGCCCGCGCCCUAUUCCCGCUUCCGCAGAUUCGCGCUCGAAACUAGACGCCUUCCGAUACAAAAACAAUAACCAAAAUGGCACUGCGAUGUCGCCAAAGAAGACAACCCCGCAUAAAGGACAUACAAAUAAAGAAAAUCAAACGUCAUGGCUGAAUGGCGUGGUGGAGCAAGACAAAUCAGAGUCAGAUAACCGGCAGAAUCUGCAGGAAGGGCCAGAGCCCAAGGCUGUCAAAGAUUGCCCACAGACUCCCGGCAAUAGGCUGCCUCUGGCAGACCUCAUUGGCAACGCAGAAGACGCUUUCAGCCGGGCCCCUAUGGCGCAAGAGUUUACGCCAGAAGAUUAUGUUAUCUGGCAGCAUGCUCCGCCCAGUUCAAACCCGAGCACCCAGACGCCCGCAACCCAAAGCAAGAAGCGCCGCCACAGCUCGUCUCCGAGUAGCUCUCCCCUAGCCGGUUCGAAAGGGGCGCGGAAAGGAUCUUUUGACCUGCAGUCCAUUCAGGCCUUGCUUAAGACCCCCCAAAAUGACUUAGCAACCGAUCUAUGGAAUAACUAUGUCGCCAAGACUGCCGUGAAUGUAACAGACCUCCAGCAACCACGCUUUGCGGGUCUUCUGUCAUCCUCCCCGCGCACACCCACGUCGGCCAGGGCAGGCCAGGAUUCUUCGGGAUUAAGGCGAUCCAUUAGCUGCAAUGCUGAAUGGCCUAGCACUAAGGCGAAGAGGAGGAGGGUGGAAGGGGAGAGCCCCCGCAAAGGCCGUGCUAUAUUCUCACGAACUAGAAGCAACAUUAUGGUUCCGAAAGAUCUAAAAACGUCCAACUUCAGCUCUCUCGUUCAAGAAAUGGAGAGAAGUCUCAAAAAGGCUAUCCCAAAAUACUCAGACACCUCCAAGACCGCACCUGCUAUAGCACACACUGAGACGCGACGGAGUCGAUCAGCAUCCCCGUUGGAAACUAGACUUGCCAAAGGUCCAGUCAGGGAAGCAAUCUUGGAUAACGAGGUGAAUUGUGCUCUUCCCUCUGCAAACCAGAAACCCCCGCAAGAUUCGUCAUCCGAAUUCGGCGAUGACGACCUUGAUGAGUUUCUUGGAUUAGCGAAUGUCUCAGAUCCUUUCGUGGAUCAUAAUCAAGUAGGCAGCAAAUUAGAGCCACAUAACACAAACUUCGAUCAUUCUCUGCCGUCGAUGGGAAAGGACGAACAAUCAUUCGACAAUAAGAAUAACGAUUCGCAUGCACAGUCACAUAAAGACUUGAAACCUGCUUCUAAUAAUGACACCGAUAACCCUGACAAUGACGAAUUCGACGACUAUUUCGAGGGGCUUUCAGACAAUCUGGAAGAACUUCUUGCUGGCUGUGAUCAGACACCACACACCAAGCUCACCAGCGCCGUUCAGCAACAUCUUCCAACGUCAGACCACCGGCCAGAGAAGCCGCCGACACUUGGGACUGAGUUGCGAUACGAAAUAAAUGAACAGCUUAUAACUUCCAGUGAUGAAUUUGACGAUGAUGACUUUGACAUUGAUUGCUUGGACCAGCCCAUUCUACAAGGUGAAGAUAGUCCAGAUGAUGUUCGUCAUUCUUAG